CUCGGAGACCGAACACCCCCCCACAUCGCUCCACCGCACCUCCUCCCCUCCACACAAAAACACGCACAACCACGCCUCCAGAGGCACGCGCACAGGCGCAGGCUCAGACACACCUCCUCCUUCCCCUCCAUCACACACACACACACACACAAACACGAUGACACACACACGCAAAGGCAUAAGCGAGUGUGAGAGCAUCGCGGGCUGAGCAGGACAACAUGUAAGGCGAGCGGGAGGGACGGUGCUCUGCUGCGGGAGGAUCACGACAGGUGCGGGUGUCGGGGGUGGGGGGUGAAGCUGCACCUCACGGAGAACGGGCUGCCGCUUCACCAUGUCCACCGCAUCCGAUCGACUCUCUGACGAGACGGCUGUGUUGAUCUUGAAUCACACUGAAUGGAGAGCAUUGAAGUUCCUCUAAGAUGACACGAACACAUCCCCCUGAUAUACUGGCAUCGACUCUUUAUCAGGACUUUACUCUAAAUCCCCUUACUGACCACCCCAUUUCUCUCCACUCCUCGCGGCAGUGCGACUUGAAAAUGAUCGACAAACCUGAAAUCAUCAACAAAAGACACUGCCGUAGCUUUGACUUCAUUGAGUCACUGGAUGACCCCCAGUCCUUCUCUUCCUCAAUGGAGUACCCAUAUAAGAGGGCUGAGCAUCAGACGUUAAACAAAGAUCUAAUGUGGACCAAUGGACUAGAUCAACCUGGGCACCUUCGCUUCUCAUCUCCUGAUCUGUUCAACACGAGGCAGUUCCAACAGCAAACCACCCAGGAUAAAACCAGCCAUCUUACAUGGUCAGACUCUAAAAAGAGAACAAGAUCUAAAAGCGCUCCAAGAAUCAAGGCCACCCUCACUCCUGUGCCCAUCUCAGUGUCUCCUCCAGCAGCCAGGAAGGGGAGGGAUGCACCUCAAGCUGCAUCUGAUACCUUAAGGACUUCGGAAACACAUCGAGAAUCCUACUCAUCGAACAGGGCUUUUGUGAAUGAUGUGCAUCCUAUCAAACUGCAGCCUCAUUCUCCCCUCUAUGUGUCAGACUGUUUUGAGGAGGAUAAACCAGAGAAACCAGCCAUAACUCCUCAUGUCCGAUGUCGAGUUGACAUUAAACCGGAUGCUUCUGUACUGCAGCACACAUCUAGGCAGGUUCCCAAUGCACGGACUGAGCAACUCUGGCAGAGAUACUCCCAGGCCAGUAGCAGUAGAGGUUUGUAUGUACCACGACAGAUUGUCUCCUCACCAACGCCCACUCCAAGCGAAUGCUACAGUGGAGAUUUUAGACAAGGAUACCACUAUACCACCAGCAUGUCUCCCAUCUCUUACCAGCAUGUUGACAUGCACAGAAUGCCAUCACCAACAGCACCAUAUCUGAGUCAGGAACAAAGAGCCUACUCAAAUCCUAACAUCCCAACAAAGUUUUUCUACACAGAAGACCCUGUGCGGUACCCAGUCCAUCCAUAUUCUAGGGCAUACUUUCAGGAUGAUCGGUCGAGUCUAACGAGCCAUGGUAGCACAAUGACUAGUCAGUAUGAUCCUAGGACUCGAUGGGUGCACACCCUUCCUGUCAGGUCGUAUUACACAGACCACCUUUCCAACAGAGAGCCAGCAAACUCAGUAUAUAGUAGGCCUUACUCCACAAGUGAAGCAGGAUCCUACUUUUCUCAAACUCCACUCUCUAGAUCAUACUAUGGAGAGGGGGACAGCCGGUUCAAUCCAUACCACAUGAAUGGCUCAAGGUUGUUUUAUUCCAAACCCUACGGCUCACCUGAGGAGCCAUACUUUCCAGCAAGGCCAUAUCAUACAGAGGGACGUCGGCGCCCUCGAAUGUCCCAGGCCUUUUCAUAUGACUGGUAUCGCUCAAGUAUAUCAGGUUACUCUAACCAUUCCUCUCAGCACACACCACCGAGAGUGGGGCAAGAUCCCAGUAUACCCCCAUGGUUUACUAACAGCUGUGUGGAGACAAAUAGACUAGGAGCAGAGGUCAAAAGCCACUCCAAGUCUUGGGACAAUAUUCUGUACCCACGGCACGACAGAGAGCAAUCAGUGCCUCGUGGUCGAAGCUAUGAGAACCUGUUUUACCAAGCAAGGCAAGGAGCAUCCUCUGAUGUUACCUCCCAGCCUGUUAUACUGAACCUCUCAAGUUCCCCAAGGCGCUAUGCUGCCCUUUCGCUCUCUGAGAACUCUCUCUCUGACAGGGGCUCAAGCAAUCCAUGGAGGAAUUCCAAGAGUGGGCAGUGGUUUGUAACUCCGGAGAUCACUAUAACAGACAAUGACUUGAAUGCAGGCAACAGCAAACGGCGUGAUGUGCACACUGUCAGCUGGGAUAUGGAUGACGAAAAGACGCCAUCUCCGAGAGUACUGAAUCCAAAGCAGCCAUGCAACACAGCGGACAUAAGCAAAGAGAGAAAACAUAACAACUUCUCCCUCCAGCAGAGUCUGGAGCAACUGGAUGAACUCUUAGCAGAUUUAGUUGUUGAUUACAAACCACCAACCUGUAGAAAGUCAAGUGUAGACCUUUUAGACCAGCUAAAACAACUAAUCAUUGAAGAUGAUGACAAAGACAGAGGAUCUUCUGAAGUUCUGGACUCACAGCUGCCAUCCUCGAAAUCCAGCCCUGACACGAUCAAAGACCCUGAUAGUGGAUGUGAUGCUUUACAAAGGAGUGCAGAGGAAUGUUCUCCAGACCACAGCACUGAUGAAGAUGACACCAUGGCGUGUGCAAACAAGAAGUGCAACCGGAUUGAGAGUAUGUUCAAUGCCUGCUUGUACUUCAAAUCGUGCCAUAGUUGCUACACCUUUUACUGCUCAAGAAACUGUCGCAGGGAUGACUGGGAGACCCACAAAGAGACCUGUCUGUAUGGUCGUGUCAACAGUGUGUGUCGACACACUCUGAAGUUCUGCAGAGAGAAUGCGGAGAUCCACAAAGCCUUCUCUCGUGUUGCUAAAGCUGGCUACCUCUCCAGAGGGAGAGGCGUUCUCUUUCUGGGUUUUGCUAAUCCAGAGACAGCUGACAACUUCCUGCUAGUUGGGCUAGAGAGCCUCCUCAUGUCUCCAACAUAUUUAUCUCUCAGAGAGCUGGACGGCUUCAAGGACAACCUAGGUGAAUACUGCAAGGAGCUGCAGCAUGCAGGUAAUGAGUACGACCCCAAUGAAUGUUUCCUUCUGAAUGUAUCCGUAGCUGUUGGUGAACUAGUGCCUAACAGACCUUCACCAAGGGUCCAAGCACCAACAGUUCGAAAAUAUGCAAAGGUGUCCUUGGCCUCCUCAAGCCCUGACAAAAAGGUACUUAAGAAGGAUAAUGAAAUGGAAACUCUCAUCCUCACUCCGCCUCCAGGCACACCAGACAUUGACAAGGAGGGGGAGGAGGGAAGAAAAGCCAGAGAGGUGUGCUUUGUCAAUAUCCAGCGAGAGCUCAGGACCAGAGGAGUCUUCCUUCGUCACGAGUACCCCAAAAUCUAUAAUCAGCUGUGUGAGUUUGUGGAGAGCAACAAAAGGUUCACACCAACUACCAUUUACCCAAUAGAUAAGAGAACAGGGAAACAGUUCAUGUGCAUGAUCAUGGCUGCAUCCGAGCCAAGAACACUGGACUGGGUGGGUACACCGCAUCUCUUGGAUGAUAUUAUAUAGUUUAUCACUAAAUAGUAAUGAUAAUGAUGUCAGAAACGCUAAAUGUACAUUCUGUAAAUACAUGGUGUGGUUUAGCAAAUUGAACAAUGGUAUGGAAACAAGUGUAUAUAUGUGACCAAUCUAACUUUCUGUCUCUCUUUCUCUUAUUUCUCUCUGUUGCCACACACAUGCACCAAACAUGCACGCCAACACCCACACAUGCACACACGCAUGCACGCAAGCACACACACGCACACACACACUAUAUACACACUUUUAAAGGUUGCCAUAUGUUGUUAUUGGCUUGUUUUGAUCCUGUUGCACUCAAGAGUUAAUAGCCUGCAUGUAGACUAGGCACAAACCCAGUUAUCCAGGUGUUUAAGAUGUGAACAUGUAUGAUCUGUGCAGUUUCUGCAGAAAAUGUGUGAAGCACACAUUAUUUAUUGACUACACAUCUCAUUGCCACCACAUAAUAGUAGGCAAAUCCAGGUCUCAUAUUGUAACAGUCAUCCACUAUUGAUUUCUCCAAAAAUGUUAUAUCAGACGUUUAUAUUAUAACUUGUUACAGUGGUUGUAACAUUACAACUGUUUAUUAGUACUUAAGUAUUAUUUCCUAGGUAUUCUGUAGUUCUGUUGGUAUUUUUUUUUUUAUUAUUGCUAUAUUAGUUAUUGUUUGACAAAGAAGUACAAUCAAACCUAUUUGUUUUCCCCUUUGAUUCAGAAUUUUGGUUGGAACUUAUUUCAUCUUGUGAUAAGACUUGAUGUCAUUCUCGUAUAAAUUGCUUUGUUUGAAAGUGGCCUUCAGUCGAAAAAAAAAAAAAGCAUUUGACACAAAGCAAUGUAUAGGUUUAGGUAUUUCUAAAGGCUUGACAGCUCUUGACUUAGGUUGUUUGAACUACCAUUGUAAAUUAACAAUUAUUUUGCUCAAAGCAUGUUAUUUAUAUUCAGGUAUUUUAAUAUGGAUAUUGCUUAUAGUUAAAUUUAUUAUGUUGAUGAGAUACCAUUUGAUGCUUAGAAAUGUAAGAGUUAUAUAUAUAUUGAAUAUUAGAUAAUUUGAACAUCACAACCUUGAGACCUUAUUGUAACUAAUACCACAGUAUGUUCUUAAACAAUAUGCAAUAAAAGAGCAACCUUAACAUCUAUAUUGUAAAAUUCUAUUUUAUUAUCAGUAUUGAAUAAUCCCUUGGAGCCAAGAGCUGCAAAGACUUCUUUUGCACUAAAAUAUAAAUUAUAAAAUGAGAAUGUUCCUAACACAGCUGCAGCACUGAACCCAGAUAUGAUAAUAUGCCUGCUUCGUUUGCCAUUGUUGACUAAUCUAAGGUUGCUCUUUUACUUGAUUCUAUACAGUAUAUCUUUGUGCAAGACCUUCCUGAACUUUAUAUUUUGUGAUGUUUAUAACCCAUAUAUCAAUAUAUAAUAAAUGGAAUUCAACAAGUGAA